GAACUUUUCAUUAUAGCUAUCGUUACUAUGUCAUAAAAACUACAGGAGACGCGUUACCAGUAUUGGCCUCAGACUGGACUGAUUCAGUUUGUGGCCUACACAGUUGAUCUGAUGGAGGAAAAGGCAAUGGAGGGAUUCAUCAUGUGCAGAAUAAGUGUCUAUAAUCAGAAGGCAGGCAGUGCCCACCAGGUAGUUCAGUUGCUAACUGGAGUCCUGAUGGCAGCUGCUCUCACCUGGCCACUAUCACCAGUGUGAUAAAUGAGAUAUCUGCCAUUCAGAGGAGAACUGGGAACCAUCCUGUUGUAGUACACUGCAGGUCAGACAAUGACUA